GGACGCCAUCCAUCGAGGAACUGAGGGAACACCAAGACCUUUGUGGGAAACACCACCAAGUAGCGAGGGCCCUAGAGGCUGUAACCAUCAGCAACAUGACCACGACUGAAGAACCACAAGUCGAAGAGAAACAGCCAGUUGAGAAGAAAGUUGUUGCCAGCAAAGUCACCGGUACGGUAAAAUGGUUCAACGUAAAGAACGGUUAUGGCUUUAUCAACAGAGAUGACAACAAGGAAGAUAUAUUUGUUCAUCAGACUGCCAUCAAGAAGAACAAUCCAAAAAAGUACUUGCGCAGCGUCGGAGAUGGGGAGACCGUGGAGUUUGACGUUGUAUCUGGAGCCAAGGGUCUUGAAGCGGCUAAUGUGACAGGACCUGAGGGAAACCCUGUGCAAGGAAGCAAAUAUGCACCGGACCGCCGAAGAAAUUUCUACCGCAACUACCGUGAUAAUCGUCGUGGAAGACGCCGCCCCCGAGGCCGGCCGAACCCCGCUACAAACGGAGAGGUCAAACCUGAGGACGAGGGGAAGGAAGGAGGAGACUCGGCUGACCAGCGGGAACGAGACGACAACGAAGAGAGACCACGCCGCAGGCGUCAAUACGGCAGGCCACCCCCCUGGGCUAGACGCCGCCGCCGCCCACCACCCCCACGGGAUAACGAAUCAGGGGACCAGUCCGAGGAGGGGAGAAAUGAGGAGCAGCGAGAGGAGUCGGGCGAUGGAGAGGAGAGAAGGCGUCCCCGCCGCAGGCGACGCCCUCGGUACAGACGCAGGUCUGACGAAGAACGCCCUGAAGGCGAAGAGCAAGAAGAACGAGUAGAACGUGAUCAGGAAGAAGGCGGGGAUGGUGAAGAGCGUCCACCUCAGAAUCGCCGCCGUCGUCGUCCGUACAACCGUAGAUAUCCUCGACGUCCUCGCCGGGAGGACGGGGAGAGAGAGAAAGAAGACCAUGAAUCAAAACCGGAAAAUGAACCGGCUCCGAAAGCCGACGGCACCACGGCCGAACAGUAAACCACCCAAGCGAGGAGAUUAGGCAACUAUGAGCCUCCACUGAAAAUUUAAUAGCAUUUUUUUCUCUUGUUUGUGUCAGCCAAGGAAGACUUUCAAUCAAUUAUUUUGUCAUCAAACUUUGUGUGACAGCAUCCGAACUUUCAGAUUAGCUCAUACUUUUGUAACCGAUCUAGUUUGGUUUAUUUUUCUGGUUCAGAAUGUGGCUUGGUCUGAUGAGCUUUGGUUUGCUGUCCUGUGUAGUGUUUAGUUCUAAGUGAGGUCAUAGUUGUAUUGUCAACUUUUGUAUCUUUAUCCAUCUUGCAGCGGAAUUCAAUAUGUGUGAACGAUCGAUUUUUUGCCAUCAUUUUUGCCGUCGGAUUAAUAAAAACCGUCCGUGAGAACUU